UUUAUAUCAAUGUUGGGUGAUGAUCAACGUCCGUCCACAUCUUUGGCUACGGAUGGACGAGGGAUGGUCAAAGAAUGGGUGAUUUCUAACAAAUAUUUAGAUAAUAUGAAAAAUAGAUUUGAGUUAAUUACCCAACGUUUUCAAAAAACAUUGCAACCACUUAAUGCAGUUAGUGAUUAUAUUUUACGGUGGGAGCCGAUUAACAGACGAUUAGAAAAUGUAAGAGAAGGGUGGAAACGAGUAAAGAAUAUUUAUUAUCAAGAAAAUCCCCAUUCUUUUGAGUGGGAGGUGCUUUCAAAAACUUUUUAUACCUGCUUUGUAACGGGUGUAAUUAUUGGUGGUACUGACACAGUUAAGAAAUCUAUAGACCGUUUUGAACUUUACAGGGCUGGAAAAGAGUUUGGCACUGUUGGACAUUUAAUGCAACGCAAAAUGGACUUUGUAAUGACUCAAUUUUAUAUGAAAGGAGCGAUAAAAGGAUUUAAAUUGGCUGCUUAUAUGUGUUCUAUUGUUUUUAUAACUGUUGGAAUUACUUGUUAUCGUGAUCGUUAUUCAAUUUUAUAUGUUCCAAUAACUACAACUUCCGUUUUUUCAUUUUUUGCCUUUAUUCGAGGUGUUGGAAUUAGCGGACUUGCUGUGGCAUUUUUUCUUUCUCUUAUGCCCUCUUUUUUGUUAACAACAGCAACAAUUGGAGCUAGUUUUUAUUAUAAAUGUUCUACAGAUGAAGUAUAUAAAAAUUUGAGACAAAAAUAUUUAAUAGAAGCAAAAAAAGAAAUUGAUGAUGAUAAUGAAUUGCUUCGAUAUACUCAAUCUAAAGGAAGAAAACCGGGCUUUAAACCUUGGGACCGCUACAAAAUGAAUUUAGAUAAAGAUAUGAAUGAAUUUAAAAGAAAAAUAACUUUGAAUGAUGAAGAAGAAUUGUUGAAAUUUGGAGGAAAAGAUGAAGAAUAGAACAAAUUAAAUUUUUUGUUGGGUGAUUUUUGUUGUUUAUUUCGAGGUAACUAGUGGGAAAUGGACUAGCUGGAUGAUUAAUUUUAGUGCCAAGUAGAAAUUGAUUCAUUAAACGUUAGUUUAAACACAAGCAAAUUUAACUUACAAUUUUGAAUGGAAAUGUAGCUUGGACCCCUACACGUUUUCUCAUACUUGGGACUAGAGAUCGGACCGAGACGAGAUCUCGAAAGAAAAUCUCGGCUAUAUCGAGAUCAAUAUUUUUCGAGAUCUCGAUUCUCUUACGGCAAAUUUUCUGGGUGAGAUUUUUCGAGAUCUCUCGACCUCAACCUCCUAGUCUACUUGGGACUUCCACCACCUUUUAGAAAUAAAUUUCAGAAAACUCGAUAAAAACUGUCACUGAAUACAAAACCCCACACAAUUUAGGAAUAAAAAGAAAUAUUUUUUCAGUUUAUUUUGUUAUAUUUAGAGUCAAUUGUUUUUUUACCUUUAAAAUAAAAUU